AUGGCGAGUUACCCCAAGUUGCCUCAUGAGUACGAGGAUGACGAACAGCUCCAAGCAGGCGGACGGCCAUCAUUACCGAGCAAGGAGCAGCGCGUGCUGAAGGGCCACGAGGGAGCGGUGCUUGCUGUGCGCUUCAAUCCACACGGUUCCUAUUGCGUGUCGUGCGGGAAGGCAAGAGACCGCACAAUCCGUCUUUGGAACCCGCACAGCGGCGUGCUCGUUAAGACGUACGGCGGCCAUGGGUACGAGGUCCGAGACGCAGCCAUCGCGCGCGACAACAGCAAAUUUGCCUCGUGCGGUGGCGACAAGCAGAUUUUCCUUUGGGACGUGGCGUCGGGAAAUUUCAUUCGCAAGCUGCGCGGCCACGAUAGUACAAUAAACGCGGUGUGCUUUGCUGCGGAGGACAGCGUUCUGCUGUCCGCUGGGUACGACCAGUGUGUGAAGGUUUGGGACAUGAAAUCCCGGAAUAUCGACCCCAUCCAGGUCAUCAAAGGCUUCCAGGACAGCGUCACUUGCGUUUCCGUGUCCGGCAGUAGCAUCUUUGCGGGCAGCGUGGACGGCACGGUUCGCCGAUUUGAUGUGCGGAUGGGUCGUGCUACAGCCGACCAGCUGCACCACCCUGUCACGGGGCUGGCGGUAACACGUGACGGGCUCUGUCUGUUGGCAGCCUGUACGGAUUCUGCGUUGCGCCUUCUGGAUGUCGGCGGGGGCCAGCAGCUGGCGUCUUACACCGGCCAUGUGCACGCGGCGGUCAAGAUGGAUUGCUGCCUCACGCCCAGUGACGCCUAUGUGGUCGGUAGCUCCGAAACAGGGGAAGUACUGUUCUGGGAUCUUGUGGAGGCGGACGUCGUGGAGCACUUCAAAGCCCAUAGCGGCGUCGUCACAAGCAUGUCCAUGCAUCCCGAUGGGGAAUUGCUAUUAACGAGCUCUGUCGACGGCUGUGUGAAAGUGUGGGGAAAAUAG